UGAUGCAGGACGACAGCAUCCACCGUGAAGGAGUGAUUCGAUGGGCAGACGGUUUCAUUGUGGUUUAUGCAGUGAAUGACCGAGACAGCUUUGAUGAAGUCAAAGACAUUAAACAAUACCUGGACCAGGUGAAACGAACAAACGUCCACUGUGUUUUAGUGGGAAACAAGACCGACUUACUACACGAAAGGAAAGUUACAUCGUCUGAAGGCCGACAGUUGGCCAUUGAGCUGUCCUGUGCAUUCUUUGAAACGUCCGCCAGUGACUGUAUCUGUGAGAUUUCUGAAGCUUUUCAAGACUUACAUCGGGAUAUAAAACGACGAAAACAAAUGGAAGGGAAACCCCGGAGACGGAGUUCAGCCCAGCAGGUUCGGCAAGCGUUUAGCAAAAUGUUCAAAAUUCAGGGACCAACUUGAACCCGGCAGAGAUUCACCCAACCAACGUCCUCUUUCCAUUGAAAAAGAAAAAUGUUUGUGUUUAUUUUCCCCAAAAAAUUUGAUUACCCAAAAGUGAGAAAGAAAGAAAGAAAGAAUGGUGGGAAACAUCAAUAAUUAUAAUGAUGUUGAUGGAAUCAAUAAUUAAAAUGAUAUUGAACUGUUAAAUUAUGAUAAAAUAAAUCAAAUUGAAAAAAACUUGGUUAAGAAGAUAAAAAACUUCAGAGACUAUUUCGGGGGAUAUUUUGGAAAAUUAAAAUUUUUUACAUUUUAAAGCAAACAUUUGAUAAAACUGUCACGCAUACACCACACACAUACACGUCCACAUACACCUACGAACAUACAUACAUAGAUAUAUAUCGGCAAGCGAAGACGCGUAUACAUUGAGUCACACGUAAAUUGAUUUAAACAUCGAGCCAAAAUAUGCAUUGAGACUUACAAGUACAUAUAUGUAAUACAUGCAUACAUAUGUAUAUAUAUUCACACAGGCAGACAGACACACACACACACACAAUCGCGCGCGCGCGGGUAAAUUGUCUUAGAAAGCUUCCUACAAUGCGAAAAAAUGUAUAACUUAAUAAUUCCUAAUAUUUCGAGUAACAUACCCUUCGACGGAAGAAAACAGUUUAAAUAGUAUCAGAGGAUUAAAAUUCCUUUUUGUAGUAAUAGUAACAUAAGCAGCAACGACGUCGGUAAUGUGGUAGUAGUAGAAGAAGUAGUGUUAGUGGUAGCAAAAGUAGCAGCACCAGUAGUAGUAGUAGGUAGUAGUAGUAGUAGUAGUAGUAGUAGUAGUAGUAGUAGUAGUAGUAGUAGUAGUAAUAGUAGUAGUAGUAGUAGUAGUAGUAGUAGUGGUGGUUACGUUGGUGUAACCGAUCCACUCUGGGUCGUUGGCUUGGGCCUUUUUCUGAGAAUAACAUUUAUCCAAAAGUUACCUACGUUACGUUCCGUGGCCAAAAUUAUGGCAGACGUGCCCAUAUUUCACGAUCUAUCUCCUAUGUCGAUCAGUAAAUUACUCGAAAUAUACGGAAGCAUAAGGAUUAUAAAUACAUUCUUUUGCAUUGUAUCAUGCCUUCCAGCAAACUGUAUUAUAUGAGAACGGUUAAAGCAAGCUACUGCACACUUACAUGCAGACACACGUUUAUACACACAUAGAUACAUUAUAAAUAUAUAUAUAUGUAUAUAUGUAUGUAUAUGUGAGUGUGUGUGUGUGUGUGUAUAUGUAUGUAUGUGUUGCAU